AUGGAAUUUCAUGAAAUACCAACGAUCAAUGACACGACCGUAUCAAGUGAGGAUGAAGUCGUAAGAUCACGAUUACAAAAGCUAGGUCAACCAGUUUUUAUAAAUGGUGAAACGGUCGAGGAUAGGAAACAGAGAUUACAUAGUCUUUUGAAUGAUGAUGCAAUUGAAGAGGAUCAAAAUGGAGAGGAAGAAGAUGAUGAAUUUGAUGAAGAUGAAGAUGAAGAUGAAGAAUUUUAUACUCCAGCAUCAGAAGAAUUGUAUGAUAUAAGGCGACAUGUUUUAAGUGAUUCGUUGCAAAAAUCUUCAGAUCGAUUGAAAAUUCAAAGACAAAUUGUUCAAAACAAUCCCGAUUAUACAACUUUUUUAAAACAGCGACGUGAUUUAAAUUCCAAAAUUUCCAAAAUUGAUCUUUAUGGAUCUCAAUUUUUACCAGGAAAUACAAGGGCAAUUUCCAGUGUCAAAUUUAAUAGAAAUGGUAAAUUAAUAGCUUGUGGGUCAUGGGAUGGUUCAUUACAUAUUUUAGAAUCAAACAAUUUGUCACCUAUUAUAAAACCUUCCCAAAAUCAACAUCAAGAAAAAAUAGGUUCAUUAGAUUGGAAAAUGAAUGAGGAUGUUUUGAUUUCUGGAGGUGGUGAAGGUACUAUAAAUUUAUGGAAUAUUGAGGAAAAUUCGACAGAAACAGUGCUAAAGCCAAAAUUCACUAUCAAAGACGCCCAUACCAAUAGAAUUACAAAGACAGAAUUUCAUCCCAUAAAUCAAUAUGCAAUAUCUACAUCAUUUGAUCAAACAUGGAAGUUAUGGGAUCUUAUUAAACAAGUAGAAAUAUAUCAACAAGAAGGUCAUUCAAAAGAAGUUUUUUGUGGUUCAAUUCAUCCUGAUGGUUCAUUAUAUUUAUCUGGUGGAUUAGAUGGGAUAAUUUAUGUAUGGGAUUUAAGAUCAGGUAAAUGUUUAAUGCCUUUACAAAAACAUAUACAAGGAAUUUAUGGAUUAGAUUGGUCUCCUAAUGGUUAUAAUUUUGCAAGUGGGUCAGGUGAUUCUACUAUUAAAAUAUGGGAUAUGAGAAAAUUAAAUCAUUCAGGUGAUGAAAUAUCUACUAUACCAGCCCACAAAAAACUUAUAAGUGGUUUGAAAUACUAUAAAAGUGAUGAUGAAAAAUCAGGUAAUAUUUUGAUGAGUAGCUCAUAUGAUGGGACUAUUAAUUUAUGGUCAGUUAAUAAUUGGAUAAAAGUGAAUACCCUACAAGGUACUAAUGAUAAAGUGAUGAGUUGUGAUAUUACUACAAUAGAUAAUGAGAUUACUGUUGUUGGUAGUGGAUGGGAUCGUACUGUUAAAUUAUGGAAAUGA